AUGGGUGACGCCGGCUUCUUCAAAGUCAGUUGCAUAGCCUUUAUAUGAUUGCCUGCGUUUCAGCUGCUGAUGCACAUCGACUGCGCGCGGGUAGGGCACCUCUGCGGACCAAGAUCCCCGUUUCAAGAACAAGGCGCAGAUGGCAAUCGCAAAGAUGAAGUUUCCUCCUUCCUUUGACCAGAAGGUAUGCUCAACCAUGCAUGGGUGCAAUGCUCAUCCGUUGACAGUACUUCCUCUCCCCCUCCUUUGCCUUCCGCGGUCAACGUGGUCCUCCCUCGACGUGUGACGCCUCUGAUGCGCUCCCGGUGGUGCCCACAUGGUACUAUGUAUGAUACUACUCUGACCUGGCUACCAGGUGGAUAUGCGCAAGGUCGAACUGGCCGUCAUGAAACCGUGGAUUGCUAAGAAAACGGUCGAAUUGCUAGGCUUCGAAGACGAGGUCCUGAUCGAAUACAUCACCUCCUUGCUCGAAGACCCUGAUCAACCGGUCAGUAUACUAGACUGAUGUUUUGUUACUGGACGAGAGCUGAAUUCUACGUUGGUAUGACUCAGAUCAUCGACGCCAAGAACUUGCAACACCUUUUGACGGGCUUUCUCAACAAGUCGACGCCGACGUUCAUGCAGCAAUUGUGGACCCUGCUGCUCUCGGCCCAGUCGAACCCGCUCAAGGUACCGACCGAACUUUUGGAGGAAAAGAAGAAGGAGAUGCGUGAGAGGGAGCAAGCGGCUGCUCUCAAGAAGAGGGAAGAGGAGGAGAAGCAGCGACAAUUGGAGGACAUCAGGAGGAGGGAACGAGGUGAUCGUGGUGGGCAAGGCGGGAGGGGUGGUGGUGGCGGCGGUAGUGGUGGUCGAGGAGGAGGGUACGGGGGCGAUGGACGAGGAGGCUACGGCGGUGGAUACGGCGGUGGAGACCGAGACCGAAGAGACGGACCGGGAGGCUACCGAGGUGGGGCUGGGUACGACGAUAGGCGAGGUGGUGGGGGAUACGAUAGCCGACGUGACGGUGGACCGCCGAGGGGACGUGACUAUGACGAUCGACGACGUGAUGGUCGCGUUGGUCGUGAUGGUCGUGAUGGUCGUGAUGGUCGUGACGAUCCUCGAGGUGGUGAACCAAAGAGGGUACGCUUUGGCAUUGUUUCAGACCGGCUCGUGGACUACUCAGCUGAUCAGCAAUGUCGGCGAUGUACAGCGUCGCGAUCACUCUCGAUCGCGCUCACCCUCACGCUCACCUCCUCGCCGUCGCGUAAGUGAUCAGCCUUUAGGGAAUAACUUCAAUGAUCCAUCCGUAUGCUUAUUCUUGUGUUCACCACUGCCUGGGUCCCCUAGCACCGCUCCCCUUCCUACUCUCGCUCUCGGUCCCCUCCCCGCCGCCGACGCCGUGAUCGCUCCCCCUCUCGCUCCCGCUCCCGGUCUCCCGCACCGGCCCGACAACGCCGUCGUUCCCCUUCACCCCGACGCGCCCGUGGAAGGAGCUACAGCCGAUCUCCUUCACCUCCACCCAAGAAGUCCUCUUCGAGGAGAAGGAGCCCAUCAAGGUCGGUUUCCCCUCCUCCCAAGGCUGAAGGGUCGAGGCGAGAUCUGGACGUUGAGGCAGAUGAUGACGUGAGUCAAUAAAUUGGCUUUGCUCAACCCGAGAGAUCCAUGAUCCCAGGCACCGACCGUUGUUUAUCGAUUCUACAGGGACAGGGCUUGGAACAUCGUGAGAGCGAGUUGAAGGACAGGAUCAGGAGGCAAAAAAACCACGGAUCGGCCAUAUCGAUCAAGGGGAGGGCUUCAGGACCUGGGCAGAGUCCUUAG